GCUGAAUCCGGAAGUGAUCCCCGAGGACCGAGUUGUGGCUGAGGACUUCGGCGACAGGGCAGGUUCAGGACCAUGAGCUGGAUUCCUUUCAAGAUUGGGCAGCCCAAGAAGCAAAUUGUGUCCAAAACAGUGGAGAGAGACUUUGAAAGGGAGUAUGGAAAACUUCAGCAGCUGGAGGAGCAGACCAAGAGGCUGCAGAAGGACAUGAAGAAGAGCACUGAUGCUGACCUAGCCAUGUCCAAAUCUGCUGUGAAGAUAUCCUUGGACUUGCUCUCCAAUCCUCUCUGUGAGCAAGACCAGGACUUUCUGAACAUGGUGACAGCCCUGGACACGGCCAUGAAGCGGAUGGAUGCCUUCAACCAGGAAAAGGUGAACCAGAUUCAAAAGACCGUGAUCGAACCCUUAAAAAAGUUUGGCAGUGUCUUCCCAAGCCUCAACAUGGCUGUGAAACGGCGGGAACAGGCCUUGCAGGACUACAGGAGGCUGCAGGCCAAGGUGGAGAAGUAUGAGGAGAAGGAGAAGACAGGGCCAGUGCUGGCCAAACUCCACCAGGCCCGAGAAGAGCUUCGGCCCGUGCGGGAUGACUUUGAGGCCAAGAACAAGCAGCUCCUGGAUGAGAUGCCGCGGUUCUACAACAGCCGCCUGGACUACUUCCAGCCCAGCUUUGAGUCCCUGAUCCGAGCACAGGCAUCUCCAUCCAAUAGCCGCCUUCUAAUCCUGCCUUUAUGGAUGUCAACCCUUCCAUGUUUCUAACAGAAGAACUGUUCCAGUCAUUUUGACAACUCUCUUCAGCUCACCCAUGACUGAAGUGAACUCUUCAGUAAAUGCUGUCAACUUCUAGUUAAACUGGACAUUCCACUGAAUCCUGUGAAUUCAACGGCCAGUUUUCUCUCGCUAUUGUGAAUUGUCAGGAAUAGGUUAUAAGGCAGUACCAGUGGAAGAAAUCUCAGUAACCUCAGCAGGAUACUGAGAUGUAUAUCCACCUGGAUAUACCCAUCUUAAAACCUCAGUAGUUCAGCCUCAGCAGUCCAAUGGAGACACUGUUUCCUGCAUCCCAAAGCCUGAAAUUCAAAAUAAAACUUGGCUUCCAGCCAAAAUGCUAAUGUGGCUGACUCCUUUAUAAAUUGUUGUUUCCUCAGAGUGAUCUAAUUCUUACUGCCGCCUUUCCUACUCUGCAAAUUUUCUCUACUGCCUAAUGGUGAUAUCUCCCUGCCAAAGGUAAUGGCUCCUUUCUCUGGAAGCCAUGACACUGAAGCAUUAUGGUCAAAGGAAUAUAACACUGGACUCGGCAUGUCCAGGACAAUCAAAAGCAACUGACUGCACAGAAAGGCUGAAUUUGAACCUAAAGCAGAAAGUCAACAGCAGCCAUUGAUUUCCACCCACGCGACAUUAUCCCGGAGAACACUUGCUGUGAUUUUGUAAUGAAACCUUCAAUAAACUCACAGAAUGUGAAAGGUGGAAAGUCCUUGGAAACUGAAGACCAGGAAGAUGCACAUGACAAGAGGUGUGGUUGUAUGCAAAAUAUAUGCCAGUAAACUGAGAUUGGGACCAGGUGUUUCAAGUAGUGGAGACACUGUGGAAAACAAUCCUAGACAAUCAAAGCGUCCCCGUAGUUAGAAUUCACAGCGACCUAUCCCGACGCAACAAACACUAGUUGCAGCACAGAGCCUGGCUACAUCACGUGGCCUCAACUUUUCCUCUGAGUUACUUCACCCUCCUUUUAAGUGUGCGCAUGGACCACACCUUCAGCCCUGACGAUGGAAUAACCUACUGGCAUCUGGGAUAGGGGUUGUUUCCUUCUCAGGACAGUUCUCAUUUCAAGAGAACUACAACAUGAGAGAACUUGCUGGAGUGAUGAAAAUGUUCUAUAUCUUAAUAGGAACAAGGAUUACAUGGGACCGUCCAUCUGUCAAAAUUGUCAAGAUUUUUGUAUUUCAACCUGUACAAAUUUUAUCUUAAAAAAAUUUUUACCUUAAAAAAAUCAAGUACAAAGCAGAGAGUAGAUGGAAGGAUAAAUGAAAAAGAAUGGCAGAUGUUGGUACUUGUUGAAGCUGGGUGACAGCUAUAUGAGAGUUCAGCAUCCUUUUCUGUUUACUCUGCUUGUACGUGAAAUUUUCCAUAAUAAAAAGUUAAAAUGAAUACCGACAGACAGAACUAGAAUAAGCCUUAAGCAAACUAGCCUGGAGCUUAAUUCCGAGGGACAUAAGCAAAAACCUUCAGAGAGAAAGGCAGGAUAAGGAACACACGAGUCAGGGAGAACAGGCGGCACGCUCCCGGCAGGCCCUGACGUUCACAGAUGAUAGACGGACUCGGGUGCCCAGAGGCCCAGAUUCACCUGUGUGCUCACAUAGGGCUAAGGAGCUGUCCACAGAGCCAAGGCUCAGGCCUGGAUCUCCUAGCAGAAUGCAACAGACACUCUAACACCACACGAAUGUGUACUGAUAUAAAGAAACCUGUUUUAUACGAAGAAUUAAAACAUACACUGCAAAGUUACUUUUUUUGGACAAUUACUAUUUUCUUGAUAGUUAUGAUUCUUGGUAUCUCAAUCUUAGGAACUAGAAAUAAAAGGGAAAAUUAUCUAUUAAAAGAAUGUCAAUAUGGAGCCAGCUCCAUGACCUAGUGGUUAAGUUUGGUGCACUCAGCUUCAGCAGCCCAGGUUCUCGGGUUUGGAUCCUGGGGAGUGGACACCACUCGUCAGUCAUGCUGUGGCAGCAACCAAUGUACAGAAUAGAGGAAGACUGGCACAGAUGUUAGCUCAGGGUGAAUCUUCCUCAGGGAAAAAGAAAAUUCAACAUGACAUUUUAAAAGAUGAACUACAUCAAAUUCCUGCUUGCUGAACCAGUAGAUAAAUUUCCAAUGCUUGUACAUACAUCUAUCUCAAUAAGUCUGACUAUUUCAGAAUAAAGGACCUAGGAUCUAGCUGCAGAAAGAGAAUGUUCAUGUCAACAGAUGGCAAAGAAAGGGACAUUGCUCCUCGAGGCAAAUAAAUAAAAUAAAACAUCUUUCCCGCUUGAUCAUCC